CAAGUAACAAACAGAUCGUACGACUUUGUUGAACAUACACUUUGCCAUCUUUUAGAAACGAAUGAAACAUCAUUCUCUGAUUACUGUAUUAGUCUAGUUGUGACUACUUCACCUACAAUCCAUCAUGAGUGAAAUAAAUGUUAUGAGCUUAAAACGUCGCAAGAAACUGAUGACGAAGAAAGUGCCGCCAGCAUGGUACCAGAGAUAUAUGUCAACGUUACCAGUUGGUGAACAAGUAUUUCUACAGCCUCUGAAAGAACUCAAAGAAGAAGACAAGAUGUUAAAAGAUGCUACUCCCCAUGUCAAAAGUGAAGACAAGACCAAAGAACUCGUCAAGGCUUUAGAAAAAGAAAAAGCGAUGAAAAUAGAAAUGGUCCUUGACCUUGUUGCUGGUGAUCCUAAUAAAAUGAGGGACAGAGUUGCACUGAUAAAGCCGUCAACCAAUCCGAUCAAAUACAUUCAAGAUAAAAAGAAGGAAGAAGCUGCUGCAGCUGAGUUUCGUUACGCUGACGCCCAGGGGAAUCCCCUGACUUUUACCCAAUAUCUGAAGUUUAUGAAACCAAAUUAUUUCAAAGAGAACUCCAAGUGGAAACUUUUGGUAGAAAACAAAGUCAUCCGUCAAAAAAUCAAACAUUUAAUCAAACAGAAAUAUCAACAAGAGAUUCAACAAAAAUGGCGAAAGGCCAUUCGACGAGUCCGUGCUGUACUUCGGUUUUUUCAGAUCAUAGCUAACAUAGCUCGAACGACUACUGAAGUAUUUAAAAAGUUUCGCCUCCUGACGGAAACCAAAAUCUCAGAAAAAGAGAACCGGAUGAUGGUGUUUGAUAAACAUCUCUUUAAAUCUACUAGUGGCGGGAGAGAGUUGGACACAGAGAUCUUAUUUCAUUUAGGUAAACCUGAACACUACAGGACAUGGGAGGAAGCUCAAAAAACGGCUCAGGCUUUGAAGUUUAUCAGAUCGUUUUCUUCCCUACCAAGACUUUAUCAAGAACGUUUGGCAAUGAUAGCCUGGUACAUGGAAGUUCCAGCAGACAAAGUCAUUAUCAGGGAAGGCCACAUUGCUGAUAGUUUUUAUUUCCUUAUCACAGGCAAAGUGGUGGCUGUCAAACUCAUCGGUUCUCCAGCAUUUGAACACAGAUCCAAAUUCAAAGUCCUCAAGGUUUUUGACAAGGAUGAAAUGUUUGGGGAAGAAGGCAUCUCAAAUCGAGGAAACCGGGGCUACUCUGUCACUUCGAUAGUCAAAUGUACACUCCUGUCAGUCAAUAUAGAUGACUAUUACCGAAUCUGUAACUACUGCAGCUCUCCAGACGAAAAUCCAGAUCAUAUUCGCAUGCUUAGCCAAAUGGACUUCAUGAAAUAUUUCCCAAUGCAAGAACUGAUCGAAAAUAAUGAAGGAAAAGUGAUUCUUUUCUACUACAGAAAAGGUUUGGUCAUAACACCUGAUUCAGGGAAAUCUGAGUACAUCUAUAUUGUCAAAUCAGGAACAUGUCAACUGUUGACUUGUGUCAAAUCAUUGCGUGCAACAAAACGUUACAAGUGUGUCAAGGUGUCCUUACCUCCUAUCAAAGCUAGGAGAGGAACACUUGUAUUGGAGCCUCCACCUCUGCCAGAAUGCCGAGUGUUUCCAGACAAUUCCGAUGAAAGCUGCAAACUCAGCGCGCCCCAGUUAUCUGCCAUUAUUACCAAGCAAGAGGAGGAGCCAGACGAGACUUACGAGAGUAAACACACUGCUUCAGCAAUGGUGCACUGGGCUAGUCAAGACAUUCUGGAAUCUAGCGCUGAACAGAGUCGUGAAGCAAUCGAUGAUAAAGAAAGCUUGACUUCAUCUUUCACCGAGUUCAGCCUUACAUUCGACAGAAGCCAAAACCGGGUUUUAGAUUCAGCAUUGACAAAAUGUUAUAAUGAAAACAGAAGAGAUUGUGCAAUACCAAGAAAUAACAUGCUCCCAAAAACAAAAGGCCAAUUGAUUAGGCCACCCAAGUCAAGACCAAAGUUGAGCAAAGUAAGUUCAAAGAAGGGGAACUCGAAAACAACAACAGAAUGGAACUCAAAUCAUUUGACCUCAGAGAAAGAGAGAAGAUUAGUCCACAAUGAUCCGAUAGAAACUCAGCCAAACUCUGAUGGCAACAACAGCUACGUACCCAAGCAAUCAUUGGUGAAGAGCCUUCCCAAACAAGGGGACGCACUUUUGGAUAAGUAUGCUCCUGGCACUAUACUGAACACUUCAGAAUCCAUCGCAGGAUUGUGUGAAGAUUCAGUUUUUGAACAGAAGAUGGAGAAAUAUGUGUCUAGGUGGAAGAAAAGUUCUAUUUCUAAACGAACAAGCGAGUAUUCAAAAGUCGGAACAGUUUUCCAAAAGGCUGGAUCUAUAGAAAAAUUUAUCCAGACUCAACGAGAAAAUUCUGAGUCUGAUCUGAUCUGGCUUCGCGUGAAAACAUUGAGAGAAUCCGACGUUUACGGCAUAGAAGAUCUCAACCUGGGCGACACCAAGGAAACAAAUGAGACAAAAGUUGCUUUAGUGAGUGAUGGGGCAGAGGUCAUCUUAGUCUCUAAAGAAUUUAUCAUGGCGAAUGCAGGUCCAGCAAUGAAAGCUUAUCUGCGGUCCAGUAGCUACAUCAAACCAGACAGAGACACGUUGUUUCUGGAUUUACAGAAAAGAGAAUAUUGGUCCAAGUUUCAAGAAAAAACAGUAAAUGCUUUUGAAAAUGAAUUGCACAUUUCAAGAAAACAGGAAAACUAAAUGGACAAGAACAAUGUCAAAAUGAGAGUUGCCAGAUAGAGCCCAGUAGUGUGAGCAUUCAAACAAGUUCAAUGAGACAAUAAAUUCAAUGUACUGCAA